AUCUAAACGGCACGAAGUUUUUUCCUCUAUCUUCUUUUUCUUUCUCUCCUCUUAUCCACCAACGUUUUCCUUCUCUCUCACCGUGAGAGUAACAGAGAGACAUGAUUCUGAUAAAUUCUAACUCCCCGACGCUAAUCUCAGCCGUUAGAUUUGUGGGCUCAUCUCCGUUCACCACUCGGGGGCUUUCUCAGUCUACUGUCUCAAUCUCUAGAAACAAAAGCUUCUUCUUGCACUUCACCGAUACGAAAGAGAAGAAAGCAAGAAGAGAUGAUUUGAGAGUAUCAAUCGUGUGUAACGCAGGAGGGAUGUUUCCGGUGGAUCCAUGGGCUCCAACCAUUGAUUCACAGAGCAUAGCAUCACAACUCUUCGCUGUGUCUCUGUUUCCUUACAUUGGCUUUCUCUAUUUCCUCACUAAAUCCAAAUCAGCUCCAAAACUCACACUUUUUGGUUUCUACUUCUUGCUUGCCUUCGUUGGAGCUACAAUUCCUGCUGGGAUUUAUGCUAAGGUGCAUUAUGGAACAUCGUUGUCGAAUGUUGAUUGGUUACAUGGAGGAGCUGAAUCACUUCUUGCUCUUACCAAUUUGUUUAUCGUGUUGGGUCUUAGACAAGCUCUGAGGAAGUCUGAAGAUGAUGAUGAUAAACUUGGUAAUGAUGAAGAAGCUUCAACAACUCAAGAACAAGAGAAAUCUUCAGUCUAGUAAAGCAAAUGUAAAUAUGUAGUUUUCGAAGUCACUUCCUCUUUAAUCAGCUUGUAUAUUAUACAACUCAAUGGGCAUAUAAUUCUGAUUUUGAACGCGUGAGUUCAACGCUAGUUUAGAUGCGUUUGGUUCUUAUUUGGUUUUUUGUCUUAAUAUGCUAAAGUAACAUUUUGUGGAGGUAUAAAUCCGAUUGAGAA